AUGCCCGGUCACUUUAAGCAGGCAGAUCUCUGCCUAUGGUCGAACAACGUUCGGGGCCUUAACGUACCAGAACGACGCUCACACCUUCUCUGCACUCUGUGGGCGGCACGCGCGUCGCUUGCAUUCGUCCAGGAAACUCACUUCCAGGGGCGAAAUGCACCGGCGCUGCGGGACACCCGCUUUCCAACCGGAUACUUUGCCAACCACCCACAUGCUAAAAAGGUGGGGGUGGCAAUUCUCAUAGCCCGCACGGUGCCCUUUCAGAGCCACGCUAAAUUGGCGGACCCAGAGGGCCGCUACAUAUUCGUGAAGGGCACAAUUGCCGGACAUCCCUAUACCUUGGCGUGUGUCUAUGCGCCCAAUACAGCACAACAUAACUUCCUGACACGCACACUGCACGCCCUGGAACGCUUUAGAGAAGGCAUGCUGAUCCUGGCGGGGGAUCUCAACCUGGCCCUGGACCCGUGUCUGGACACCUCCCUGGGAACUAGCUCCCUACCAGCUUCCUACCAACGCAAGGCCCUCCUGGCCCUCAAGAACUUGGGGUUGGCAGACUCAUGGCGAGUGGCCCACCCACUAGGGAGGGACUACUCCUACUACUCCACGGUCCACAACCGCUACAGUCGGUUGGACUAUAUCUUCCUCCCCAUUGAAUAUCUUUCGCUCUUGCAAUCCAGUGGGAUCCACGCGGCAACUUGGUUGGACCACGCACCGGUCUGGACUAAGAUUGCCUCCCCGCUGUACAGACCACGGGAGAGGCAGUGGAGGCUCAAUGAGCAAGUCUUAGAGGAGCUGGCGGCGACAAUGGAGAUGAGUGACGCACUGCAGAAGUACUUUGAGGAGAACACCACCCCAGACGUGGAACCAUCGACAAGUGGCAACCCUUGA